UCGCCAAGAUUUGUUGCCAUAACGUUUUCUCCUCCUAGCGGCUAUAAUAGGCAAUCGAAGUAGCCGCCCUUUUCAACUUCAUUAUUUCAUUCCUCAGUUGGCGGUCAAGGCGGUGGGUGUGCAAAUACUUCUCCGAGCGAUUUUUUUUAUUUCUCCACACUUUUUAUAGUCUUGUUUCCAUGCUAAGCUGGUAUUUACCAAACGUUUCAUAAAUACGAGGUGUUGGUCAAUUUUGUUUUUCACGUUGAAAUCCAAGGAAAUGUCAAGUGCAUCACAAGGAAAGGAGAGGCAGAAGCCUUGCACAUUUCCAUACAAAUUGUGGCAACUGAUGAAUGAAUGUACUGAUGGUGCUAUCAGAUGGAGUGCUAACGGUGAUAGCGUCAUCAUAGAUCAGAAAUCGUUUUGCUCUAGCAUUUUCGUAGGAAAGAUCUUCAAAUCUAUUCAGUGGCCAAGUUUCGUUCGCCAACUCAACUUGUACGGGUUCCGCAAGAUUUCCCCACAUGGACACCAUCAGGGACCAUGUAAAUGCCCAUGCCAUGUUAGUACCUGCAAUUGCUAUAUGCAUGAGCACUUUCGUCGAUGGACCUUUGACUCUCUCUCUCUUGUUACACGUCCGCGGAAGCAAAGCAAAGCUGGAUCUACGUCUAUUUGCGAUAUGCAGAACAAGAAUGAUAUCAAUGGCAACAAAUCACAAUCACUUUCAAACCAAACUGAUUGUUUUGAUUUGAAUGGCUCACAAGAACUGCUGAAUUGGAACGAAGCGACAGUCCCUAUUGGCAUACUGAAGGAACCAAUUUCCAAUUCGGAAUUGUCUGAAUCAACUGCCGACCAAAUGCUUCAUGAUCAAAACAAUAGUGUUUCGUUAGAAAACACUAGUAUUAAGAAUGAACAUUCGUUGAAAAUCGUUCCUCCUGAACAUUGUCGCGUUUAUCACAUUGAAUCGUCAUUGGAUUCACAUGCUUGGACUGAAAUGACAAGCAAAAAUGACCAAGAUCCAAAUUUGACCCAAGCUAUUUGUGCAGAAACUGAUGAUCAGUUUCCCUUUUUUUAUCAAUUCGACGGUACUGAAAGGGUAAUUGUUUUCCCGGAAACGAUUCCUGAUGUAUUGGAGGUGGAGAUUUUUGAUAACGGGGGAACAGAAUUAAUGGAUAUUGAUGUGGAAGCUGGUGGCUGCGAAAGCACAAACGGCAUCAGCGUUUGUAGCCACGACUAG